ACACUUCUCUCUUCCAUCUCUCCUCUCUCUGACUAUGAAAAUCAUGUCUUAUACCGUUGGAGUAAAAGGCUCUCCUGCAUUCUCCCCAUCGCGGACCCCACUUCUUACCAAAACCUCUUCUUCUUCUCCCAAAACAUCUCCCUCUUCUCUGUCUCCUUCUUCUUCUUUUCGCCUCCGAUUCUUGCAGAAGCAAGCCAGCAGCCUUAGCAGGAAAGAUGCUUCCAUCGUAGCUGUUGAUCCUUCUCAUUCUCCUCCUCCUCCACCUCCUCCUUCUAUGAGCUUGAAGCGAAAGAGGCCCACUCGGAUCAACAUCCCUGACCUCAAUUCCUUGAGCUUGACGCUGCCAAUCGCGUCGGAAGGCGUUAAAGAGGUGGAGAUCAAGGGUAAGCAGUUCUCUGUCUUCUGCAAGAAAGGGAUUAGGGAAGCAAUGGAAGAUCGGCACGCAGCCGUUGUUGAUCUACAUGACGAUCCCAAACAGGCAUUUUUCGGCGUCUUUGAUGGGCAUGGAGGUGUGAAAGCAGCUGAAUUUGCCACAGAGAACAUGGGUAAGAAGAUAAUGGAUGAAGUGAUGAAAAGUGGGGGUGAUGGAAUCAAGGCUGCUAUUAGAAGUGCUUAUUUGGCUACAGACUCGGAGUUUUUGAAAGAGGGCACCAGGGGCGGUGCUUGCUGCGUAACUGCUCUGAUCAAGAACAGUGAUCUCAUCGUCUCCAAUGCUGGAGACUGUCGUGCUGUUUUGAGCAGAGGAGGGGUUGCAGAGUCCCUCACAGAUGAUCAUCGGCCUUCAAGGGAAGACGAACGUGAUAGAAUUGAGAACCUUGGUGGCUAUGUGGAUUGCUGCCGGGGUGUGUGGAGAUUACAGGGUUCCCUGGCUGUAUCCAGGGGGAUCGGAGAUUCCCAUCUUAAGCAAUGGGUUACAGCAGAGCCAGAGACGAAAAUCCUAAGAAUCAAACCUGAUUGCGAGUUCCUAAUCCUCGCCUCUGAUGGGCUAUGGGAUAAGGUUAGUAAUCAGGAGGCAGUAGACAUUGCUCGAUCUGGGUGCUUAAAAACUGACGAGGUAUCGAUGCUCUCCGCCUGUAAAAAUCUGGUUGAUUUGUCCGUAUUGCGAGGUUCCAUCGAUGAUGUCAGCGUUGUGAUAAUCCAAUUGGGCCACUUUAUUUGAAGGAGAAAACUCACAUCUAUUUUUAAAGCUUGCAUUGGUGGAGGCUAGCUACAACACUGUACAAUCAUGCUGAUAUAAUCGAUGGUGAGGAUGACAAUAAGAUGAUGAUGGUGGUGGCUGCUGUCCGUCAUUGUGACUAAGAAGGGCAGACUGUUUUUACAUUUUAUCGACCAUUCUUUUAUUGAUUAAUUUACCAUUCUUUUAUUGAUUAGUUCAUCUCUAAUGUAGAUAUAUUAACAGACUUAGAAAAGAGUCUUCCCUUCUUAUUUUUGUAUCUAAACAUAUUUGCUAUCCAUUUCAUUUGUGGUAAGAAUUCAUUCAUUGAA